AUCACCACUAAGUGACUGCACUGAGACAUAGAGGAAGACAUCUUACCAUCUACCCACCGAAAAACUUCACCUGCUAACUUUUAUAUUGAGUAUGUUGCUGUGCAGAAUUUCAACUUUUGGACCUUUCCGGUGUGCCAGAUGAGACAUGAGGGAGAAGAUGAUCUGCAUCAUCCUGCUGCUCAUCAACCUGACCUCCUGUGUGUGUGGAACAUUUGUAGUCAAUGUGACACAGACCUCCUAUCAGGCAGAGGAGAACCACAACAUCACACUGGAAUUCACCUUCACCACCAAACCUGGCAGCUCCCUCCACUCCCUUUUUAUCUACUGUGAACUGUUAACUGAUCUCAGAGCCUCAGUCCUGUAUGAUCUACAUGGAGGUGUUGAGGUCCCAGAGUCCCAGGAUGGACAGUUUAAAGGACGAGUCCAGUGUGACAAAGACGUCCUCAGAGAGGGACGACUCAGACUUCAUGUGUCCAGACUCAGGACUGAUGACUCAGGACUGUACAUGUGUCAAGUGUUCACACGUUAUGGAAGGAACUCUGCUUCAUGUCGGCUCAAUGUCACUGCAACAAAGGCUUCGCCCAAACCUGUGAGACCAAACCCAACAAGUGCACCACAACCAGAGAGUUGGGGAUGGAUCGUGCUAUAUUGUCUCCUGGUACUGACAGCAGCACCAGCAGUAGCAGCAGUAGCAGCAGCAGCAGUGCUGGAUCCUUUGGGGAGUUUUUUAUUCCCAGCCGAAAACCUACGUUGUCACGGGGAGAACAUGCCAACUCCACACAGAGGGAACCCUCUUGCUGUGAGAUGACAGUGCUAACCACUGCAUCAACGUGCUGCCUAAUUCUAACAUGCAGAGCAUUGACUUUUUUUUUGUAAUGUGCCCUUUAAACUCAGAUGUACAGUUACUGUUUUAUUUGUGUCUGUUACAGUUGGCAUAUAUAUUUUACUGUCUGUUAUUUACUGUCAUUAUUUCAUUGUAUGUAUGCUCAAAAGAAAAGCUCUGAGUUGUUAA